CGGCCCAGAUCUUACCAGAUCCCGGAUCAGAGAACGUCGCUAGACAAAGCCGCUAAUCAAAUCAAAUCGCAUCGCCAGAGCCCGGGGGAACGGCACAUCGUGGGCGAUCCUUUGAAGCCCCCCACAGGCACAGCCAAGCUCCGAUCGUGGGCGCUUCCAAUCGAAUCCGAGGCUUCCUCUAAAUUUCAGAAACAUGGUUGUUGCAAAUGGCAAUGUCGACAUGGAGGAAGGAACCCUUGAAAUCGGGAUGGAGUACAGGACAGUUUCUGGAGUUGCUGGUCCUCUUGUGAUUCUUGAUAAAGUGAAGGGUCCUAAAUACCAAGAAAUCGUCAACAUACGAUUGGGAGAUGGCACAACUAGGCGUGGUCAGGUGCUUGAAGUUGAUGGAGAGAAAGCUGUGGUUCAGGUUUUUGAGGGAACUUCCGGUAUUGACAACAAAUAUACAACUGUGCAAUUCACUGGUGAGGUUCUAAAAACUCCAGUAUCACUGGAUAUGCUUGGACGCAUUUUCAAUGGUUCUGGGAAACCUAUAGAUAAUGGCCCACCAAUUUUACCAGAGGCAUACCUGGAUAUUUCUGGAAGUUCUAUCAAUCCCAGCGAACGGACAUACCCUGAAGAAAUGAUACAGACUGGCAUAUCUACAAUUGAUGUCAUGAAUUCUAUAGCUCGUGGUCAGAAGAUCCCUCUGUUCUCCGCUGCAGGUCUGCCACACAAUGAAAUUGCUGCUCAGAUUUGCCGUCAGGCUGGGCUAGUAAAGCGUAAAGAGAAGACUGAUAAUAUCUUGGAGAAUGCCGAGGAGGACAAUUUUGCUAUUGUCUUUGCAGCUAUGGGAGUAAACAUGGAAACAGCACAAUUUUUCAAGCGUGAUUUCGAGGAGAAUGGUUCGAUGGAGAGAGUUACCUUAUUUCUUAAUCUGGCAAAUGAUCCUACCAUCGAGCGUAUUAUUACUCCAAGAAUUGCUCUCACCACAGCGGAAUACUUGGCAUAUGAGUGUGGGAAGCAUGUUCUUGUCAUCCUGACUGACAUGAGUUCAUAUGCAGAUGCACUUCGUGAAGUCUCUGCUGCCCGAGAGGAAGUACCUGGAAGGCGUGGUUAUCCCGGUUAUAUGUAUACUGACUUGGCGACGAUCUAUGAGCGUGCUGGUCGUAUAGAAGGAAGAAAAGGAUCGAUUACGCAGAUACCUAUUUUAACCAUGCCUAAUGAUGAUAUUACCCAUCCAACUCCUGACCUUACUGGUUACAUCACCGAGGGGCAGAUCUACAUUGACAGGCAGCUACAUAAUCGGCAGAUAUAUCCACCAAUUAAUGUCCUUCCCUCACUUUCGCGGCUCAUGAAGAGCGCUAUUGGCGAAGGCAUGACUCGCCGGGACCAUUCUGAUGUCUCAAACCAGCUAUAUGCCAAUUACGCCAUAGGCAAAGACGUGCAGGCGAUGAAGGCAGUGGUCGGAGAGGAAGCACUGUCAUCAGAGGACUUGCUUUACCUUGAGUUCCUCGACAAGUUUGAGCGGAAGUUUGUGGCUCAGGGGGCAUAUGACACGCGGAACAUCUUCCAGUCGCUUGACCUUGCCUGGACCCUACUCCGCAUCUUCCCCCGCGAGCUGCUCCACCGUAUACCGGCGAAAACCCUUGAUCAGUUCUACAGUCGUGAUGCCUCCCACUAAGUCAGAAUUUGGGCGCCAUCAUGGAAAUUGGUUGUUGUUGUGCAAUAAAGCGGUGCCAGGGGCCCAGUUAAUAUAUAUUGUGCUAUCCUCCCAAUUUGUAGUUCAAAUUUUUGCUAGCAUUAGCAAAACAUCAAUUCUUUUAACAAAAAACAUUAUUUAUCUAGCAAUUUGGGCAACAUUGAUGCUCAAAUCGCGUCAUGUAUCAUCUUGCUGAGGACAAUUGUUGCAAGGAAGGGGAAUAAUGGAGGAUAAGUUCCUCGCAAAAUAACAAUAAUCGAGAACAAGUUGAGCUGGGUAUUAUGGACUUUUGAAUAAAGAGUGAAACGAUUUGCAUC